GUCGACGGGUCGAUAUGCACCCCAGGCUAACGACGGGGAUGGCAGCGGCGGGCGACGACGAGGACAGUUGCAGCCCAGACAGGACACUUGUGGGCGUACGAUUCACUCCUCGUCCUCCCUCCGGUGCUGGAUCUUUAUCUGGCCUUGGUGCCAGCCUGUUCAACCCCUGCUUCCUCGGCUAUAGUAAGUAUACUGUCUCGGUCAAAUUAACUUGACACCAGGCAGCGUACAGAUAAACAGACCGACGUCACUGGACGAGUCGAGUAUCCGCCAUGGCCCUCGAGAUCCCGAAAGCCAAGCUCAAGAGCUUCGUCAGGCAUGUCGUGCCAGGUGCCCUGCUGGUGACCGAGUACCUGUUCUCUGUGCCGCUGGACUACAGAAACCCCUCGGGCAAGCAGGUCCAGCUCUUCGCCAGGGGGGCCACCAAGUAUGAGGUGCCCAUCAACCCCCAGCAGUCGCAGUUCCAGUCGUCCCUGAACCGCCCGUGGUUUGUCUUCCUGCAGGGAGGCCCGGGCUUUGGCAACCCUGAGCCCCAGGACUCCUCCUUGACCCGUUUCCUGCUCAACAGAGGCUACCAGGUCCUCUUCCUCGACUACAGGGGAGUCGGCCUCAGCACCCCAGUCACGGCCGACACCGCCCCCACGCCAGGCGCCUCUCCCGAGGAGCAGUUUGAGUAUCUCAAGUUCUUCCGCCAGGUCGAUAAUGUCCGGGACUGCGAGGCCGUCCGCAAGUGCCUGACCGACAACCUGGACGAGGGCAAGAGGAAGUGGUCCAUAUUUGGCCAGUCCUUUGGCGGUUUCGUCUGCCUAAGCUAUCUCUCCCAGCACCCCGAGGGGCUGAAUGAGGUCUUCAUGACCGGCGGCCUCGCCCCCAUCUCCAAGACUCCAGACCAGGUCUACCAGGCCACCUUCCAGAAGGUCUUUGAGAGGAACAUGGCUUAUUAUAGGAAGUUCCCCGAGGACAUCGCCGCCGUGCGAGCCGUCGCUGGCUUCCUGCACACCCGCCCCGACAAGGGCGUCCGACUGCCCGGUGGGGGGCUCCUGACGGCGAGGCGGUUCCUCACCGUCGGCCACAUGUUUGGCCUGCACGGCGGCCUCGACAACGUCCACUCCAUGGUCCUGAGGAUGAACAUGGACCUGGACCAGUUCGGCUUCCUGACGAGGCCCACCCUCCUGCAGUUCGAGGGCUACCUCCCCUUCGACACCGCCCCCAUCUACGCCGUCCUGCACGAGGCCAUCUACUGCUUCAAGAAGGGCAUCGCGUCCGACUGGGCCGCCCAGCGCGUGGGCCAGCAGCUCGAGCACUUCCGCUGGCUGGACCCGGCGUUCUCGGCCUUUGGCGCCGACGACGCCCGCACGCCGCUGUGCUUCUCUGGCGAGAUGAUAUUCCCCUUCAUGUUCGACGACUACCCGGAGCUGCAGAGGAUGAAGGGGGCCGCCGAGGCGCUGGCCAAGCACGACUCCUGGGAUGACCUCUACGAUGAGGCCCGGCUGCGCGUGAACCAGGUCCCCGUCUACGCCGCCAGCUUCAUCGAGGAUAUGUACGUCGAGUCGGAGCUCGCGCGGGACACGGCCCGCCGGAUCAACCUCAUACGGGUCCUUGAGACCAACACCAUGUACCACAACGCCCUCCGCGCGCGGCCUGACGAGGUCCUGCCGCAGCUUUUUAAGCUGCGGGACGAUGCUAUUGACUAGUUGGGGGGGGGGGUGGGGGGGGCAAGCCCCAUUAUAACGGUCGGAUGUGCUGUGCAUGUUCAGCCCGGAGAGGGGCAUUGGAUGUCAAAUGGGUGAAUAUUGAUAGAUAUGCAUAUGGGUUCAUUCGUAAAUCAUGAUAGUCGGUGCCGUGUGCGCACUUUAAUUCUACAAGAACAUCUAUCUUUGGCAGAACACCGCCCGCUCUUUUGACUCUACGCCUGCGUGCCGUCGUUUGAUCCCUUGGCCUUUCCGUGGCCCCCGACAGCCUCCUCCUCGUCCCGAUACCUCUCCGGCGCAUCCCCGUCCUCGAAAUGACCGUCGCCCGCGGCAUCCCACAGCGAGAUGUCGUCGUCAUCAACCAUCAGCGCAGCGGCGUCGUUGGGGUCCAUCAGCCUCGCAUCCUCGCCGCCCUCGCCCAGGUCGUCGUCCAUGUACUCAGCCCCGGCCGCCCUGGCGCCGAGUGGCCGCCCGGCCUGGGCCUCUUCCCUGGCCAGCUCCGCCGCCCUGGCCAUGGUUCGGCGGUAGAUGAAAUAGCCGACGCCCAUGCCGACCAGGCCGCCGAUGAGCAUGGAGGCGUAGUUGAUCAUGCGGUCGCCGAACGUCAUGUCCUUCUCGGCCAGCAGGGCAAGCCGCGAGCCGAUGAAGACGUGGACCAGCAGCUUGGGGCUGGAGAAGGCGGUGGCGAUGGCGAAGCUGAGGGGCUGGAUGCUGGGGAUCGUGGCCAGGAAGCCGUUGCUAAGGCUGUAGGGCAGCGGGCAGAAGCGCACCAGCGCCAGCACGCCCAGCCCGUCGUGCCGCAGCACCUGGCCCAGCGCCACGAAGCGCUUGUCCUGCCCGACCAGGCGGUCCACGUAGCCGCUGAGGACGGUGCGCGAGGCCACGAACGCCGCGGCGGACCCGGCCACCGUCGCCGUCGCCACGAUGGGCCACCCGAGCGGGAAGCCGUAGACGAAGCCGGCCACGGUGCAGGCCGUGCUGUAGCCUAUCAUGGGGGGGAACGCCACGACAAAGGUGGCGGCCCAGAUGAUCAGCCAGCCGGCGGGCAUGGCGCGCCACGAGAUGGCCACGGGCCCCAGGAGGGUGAAGAUCUUGUGCGAGAAGAUGAGGGCGACGAUGGUGAGCACGCCGAGGAGGUUGCCGCCGACGAUGAACAGGACCUUCUGCGUCGGUGUCAUGCCAUUGUACAUGGUCAUGGAGCGCCGGUACAGGCUGUUGGCGGUCUUGGCCGACAAGGAGGCCAGGGCUGACAGCUGGCCGCGGAGGGAGCCAUCGCGGGUGGAUGACGUGCGCGAGUUCAGGGAGUAGGGUGUCGACAGCCGGCGGGAUGACCGCGUGUUGCCCACGCCGCCGCCGCGGACCCACGGGAGCGGGCGUUCAUCGGGGGACGAUGGCGCGCGCGGUUGGUCUUCGUGGUCGCUGUCGUCGUGGAAGGGUGCGUCGCCAUGCUCGUCCCGGCUGGAGGAUGUGUUGGCGAGCUGGGCGGCUGCGGCUGCGGCGGAAGGGGUCUCGUUGUCUGGGGACGGGGGCACGGCCAGGCCAACUGCCGCGGACCUGUAGUCGGCCGGCAUGAUCGGUGGCUGUUGUGAUCUCAGGUAGAGUUAUGUAGGGUCUCUACUGCUCGGUUAGCGACCUCGCCAUGUAUGCCUCCCGAACACUGCAACGACGACGCCAGGAUGCAUGUACCGAGUACAGCUAGCUGCCCGGGGCGGAUUGCUUACAUUCGACGGCGGUGAGGGCUGGG